CGUUCAGGGAGACUUUUCUCUUUCUCUUUCCUCGCUGUUUUUUUUCCUCGUAUGUGUGUUCGGCAAUGAUAAACUGAAGCGGCAGCGUGCGUGGAGGGCUCACACGGAGUGGCUCCCUAACUUCCCGAGGACGCUAUACCUCCACAUAUUCGACUAACAUAUGCCCUUAUAAGCCUCGCAGUGCGGACAAGGAUUUAAUACAUUUUCAGACAAUUUUUUAGUCUCUCUAGAAGAAGAAACACAUACAAAAAAUGCCUGUAGCGACUCUCCUGCCUUUCACAGCGACUCCGAAUAGGAAGUCUGUGAGCCCGACCUCCUUCAGACUGACGGAGAAAUUCAUUCUUCUUCUGGUUUUCAGUGCUUUUAUAACGCUCUGCUUCGGCGCAAUAUUCUUCUUGCCGGACUCCUCCAAGCUGCUCAGCGGAGUUUUCUUCCGCUCCGCACCGGCCGAGAGCGACCCUCGCCCGGGCACUGACGGGGACUUCGCCGGCGCCGGCGCCACUGGCAGGGACGAGAAAAUACUGGCCAAGAUCAGGAAAGAUCACGAAAAGGCACUGCUGGAAGCCAAAGACACGCUGCAGAAACGAACCGACGAGAUAAAGCAGGACAUUGAGAGCGAGAAGGAGAAAGUUGCCCGAGACGGCCAGGGCAGAGGCGGCGGGGGAAAGGACGACUCUCUGCCGGAGAUCGAGUUCGUACGGCCGCCUGGAGCAACAGGGCACGAACCGUCAGACCCGGACACCAAGGAGAAAAGAGCGAAAAUUAAAGAGAUGAUGCAGUUUGCUUGGGACAAUUACAAGCGCUAUGCCUGGGGUUCCAAUGAGCUGAGGCCCGUCUCCAAGCAAGGCCACUCCAGUAAUCUGUUUGGCAGUCUCAAAGGAGCCACCAUUGUGGAUGCUCUGGACACUCUCUACAUCAUGGAGAUGUAUGAUGAGUUUGAAGCUGCCACGGAGUGGGUGGAGAAAAACCUUGACUUUAACAUGAAUGCAGAAAUCUCAGUCUUUGAAGUGAACAUCCGCUUCGUCGGAGGACUGCUGUCCGCCUAUUAUCUCUCAGGCAAAGAGGUGUUCAGAAGGAAAGCUAUAGAGCUGGGAGAGAAGCUGCUGCCUGCAUUCAAGACCCCCACCGGCAUCCCCUGGGCUCUACUCAAUCUGAAGAGUGGUAUAGGCAGGAACUGGCCGUGGGCGUCUGGAGGCAGCAGUAUUUUGGCGGAGUACGGCACACUGCAUUUGGAGUUCAUACACCUGAGCAGACUGUCUGGGAAGCCUGUGUUUGCUGAGAAGGUCAUGAACAUCCGAAAGGUGCUGAAUCGCUUGGACAAGCCACAAGGGCUGUACCCCAACUAUCUGAACCCCAACAGUGGACAGUGGGGACAACAUCAUGUGUCGGUGGGAGGUCUUGGAGACAGUUUCUACGAGUACUUGCUCAAAGCCUGGCUAAUGUCCGACAAGAGAGAUGAAGAGGGCAAAAAACUGUACUACGAUGCUCUGAAGGCCAUUGAGACAAACCUGAUCCGGAAGUCCAGUGGUGGUCUAACCUACAUCGCAGAGUGGAAGGGAGGUCUUCUGGAACAUAAGAUGGGUCACCUGACUUGCUUUGCGGGAGGAAUGAUUGCGCUGGGAGCCGACGGGGCACCAGACGACAAGACAGGUCACCAGAUGGAGCUGGCAGCCGAAAUUGCCAGAACAUGCCAUGAGUCCUACGCCCGAACCAAUUUGAAGCUUGGUCCUGAGGCUUUCAGGUUUGACGGGGGCGUGGAAGCCAUCGCUACACGGCAGAACGAAAAAUACUUCAUCCUGCGGCCUGAGGUCAUAGAGACCUACAUGUACAUGUGGAGGUUCACUCAUGACCCCAAAUACAGGCAGUGGGGCUGGGAGGCCGUACAGGCUCUGGAACAGCACUGUAGGGUGGAGGGCGGCUACAGUGGAGUCCGAGAUGUUUACGCCAGCGGCCCCAGCCAUGACGACGUCCAGCAGAGCUUCUACUUGGCUGAGACUCUGAAGUAUCUGUACCUGCUGUUCUCGGACGAUGACCACUUGUCGUUUGAGCACUGGGUCUUCAACACUGAGGCUCACCCGCUGCCUGUGAUAAAGCGAGAGAGUGCUGAUCGGUCUAACCAGCUGUAGUAGCCCUGACCUUUCCCCCAAAGCCCUGCAGGCCUCCCCGAGCACUGGCCUGUUCUGUGGACACCCUCUGGCCUCUUCUCCAGGGCUUUGACCGAUGCUGGGCAACCAUCAGCUGGGGCUUCCUGGCCCAUGGCUCAGUGUCCUCUGCGCCAUUAUUAGAGAUAGCAGUCUGCAUGCUGCCCCUUCCCUGACCUUUGACUUCAUCAUUUUGGACCUCUCUCUGAGCCUCUGAGGCCCAAAGGACCUUCUUCUCUCCUCUAUGAGGAGAACAGAUGAUUUCCACUCAACCGUCUAAACUCUCAUACACACUUCGGGGACAAAAAAAAGCCAUACUGCAGUCAACAGCUAUCAUGUGUUUGUUUUAAAGUUGUGUGCGUUUGUUGAAACAUUUUAUUUAAGAAAUCCACUCACCUUGCAACUGUUUGAUUUAUUAGUUGAAUCAGUCCGAAAAUUCAUAUAUAGCAGCUUUUUUUGUUUUCCUUUUCUCUGAGUCACAGCUGCAAGGUAGUGAUGUGGAGUUAACUAGUGCCUUUUUUAGCUUAUUGACUAAUGGUCCUGGUAUGUAAAGUGGGCAGAUGUUUAACUGGCAAAGAUUUUAUCAGCUUCGGCUCAGCCCUCAAUUGACUUUUUUUUUUGUUUUUGUUUUGUUAUUUUUUUGACCCAUCUCAUUUUCCCUCAUUCAUUCCUGGUUCGAAGCUUUCCUACACUGGAGUUGGAGUUGGGGGUCCAAGGAAAGACAAAUUUACAGCUCAUACUGGAAUAAGACUGGUGUGGACAGUAGUAAUUAAUCUGGUACAACAUCAUAUCCUACUGCGUAAUUCAGUGCUUCCUCCCCCCCCAACCAGUCGACUUCUUGCGUUCCAAUUACACAGACUAGAUGUAUACAUUUGUUGAUUGUUUACUUAAUCAGGUGUUGGAGAGACUUUGCGUCCUUGAUAUGUAAAAUAUGAUACUUUGUGUUAAUUUAUUACUUGUGACUUAGAAAGGUUUUUCUUUCAGUGCCAGGGUGUUUCUUGGAUCUAGUUGGCACACUGAUGAAGUAACUGUCUUAUCUAAAGAAAUCAUAAUCCAGUGGGAAAGAGUCAGGAAGACAAGACAAGGGCAGUUAUCAGUCAAAUAGAGUGAACUAUUAUGUAUGAAUGUACCACCAAAUGUGAAGUGAACAUUACAUUGCCUAGGUAUGUUCUUAUCUUUGUUUGCUUUAAUGUUUCUUUCUUAGUGAAAGCACAAACCUCUGGGGGAGAAAAAGCUGGACAAAGGAACUGGGUGAAACCUACUGGUAUAGAACAGAGAAAGCACAAGUAAGGAAUCACGAUGCAAAGAUGCAAGGAAAGCAGAGGCAAACACACAGAACUGUAUACUACACUGGAUAAAACAUACCUGCCCACAUUCAUACAUACCAUUUGAAAAAAGUACUGGGAACAGCCUCAUGUUGGCCAUCCACCUUUAGGGCCGGUGUCCUAGACAUAGAUUAAGCUUAGUCUUGAACUAAAUUACAGUGCUAAUGAUGAAUCUUCACUGGAAUUCCUUUUUAGUAAAGACUAGGCUUAAUCUGGGUCUGGAAAACUAGCCCUUGUGAUCCGUUUCCCUGACAGAGAUUAAGCUUAGUCUUGGUCUUGUGGGACCAGAUGUGAUCUCGUAAUAAGAACACUUUUUUUGGACAGUUUACUGAACUCGUGGCGCUUGAUUGCAGCAAAAUCUGCCUCAAUACCUGACCCCAAAUUCCUGUAGUCCAUAACAAGUAUGGAGUACCAUUGACAAAACAAUAAUCUAAGCUAAUCUUCUUUUGUGUGAGAAUUCAUAUUUUUAACCAUGUGUAACGUGUUCUCUGCACCUGUACUACACGCUUAAUUGGAGUUUUGGGACUUUUCAGUUAUGCUUACUUUACGUUGCAUCCCUGGACUGACGACAGGUUUGUUGUCAGUCAGAUAAUGUUGGUGACUACUUUGAGCUCCAACUUAGGUUGGUUUCGAAAUUUCAAGCUCAGUUUGUUUCCACUAAUAGAUCUACAUUCCCACCGACAUUAAGCCCAGAAUUUCUCAUGUUUGUCCCCAGUUGUUCUCGUUAUGAGAACAUGCCUGGCCCCAUGAGACCAGCCUAGUUCUAAAUUAUAUUUUCCUUGUAAUGGAGAAUCUCCAUUUAGAAUGCUGUGUAAAGUUGUGGCUUAAUUUCUGUCCAGGAAACUGACUCUUAAUGCGUAUAUAUCAAAUAUAUGGAGGUUAGGACCAAACCCCAAAUACUUGAUGAUCACUCAAGAGAUUAGAGUUUUAGUGGGACAGAUCAGCUGGAGCUCUGGUUCAGUGUGGUCUGUCUGCCCCUGUGCAAGACUGCUGCAUACUGCGCUCUUAGGCUGGCUUUACAUGGUGAACGUUCGCGUGACUUUAUUUCCUUGAAUCCUACAUGAUAUGUUGCAUUAUGUAAAGCAUGUUGCAGCUCAUUUGGAAGCUCAAAAAUCUAAACUUUGUAGGCAGUGUUUCAUAAAACAGCCAUUCAGUGCACAGAAAAUAGCACAUGAUUAGGUUAAACAUCAUUUUUACCUAUUGAUUAAGACAGUAGGUUCAGCUAUUACAAUAAUGUUGCUUAUUUGCUAUUAAGUAGCUAGUUAGCUUGCUAAAUAAUGCUAAAAGCUGUUUGAAUGGGUACUUUUGGCAGCAUUUGUUUUGCUUUGUUAAUGUGCUGUAUCGUGAUUUAUGUAACUAGGUUAUAAAUUUUCUCCUCUCUUAACAGAAACACAUAUUAGGAUGCAUAUCACUGCUGUCGGAACAAAACCUUGUAUCUCCAAAAUGGUAACUUUACAGGAGACGGAAAAAACAUACUUAACUUUUAAUGUAAGUCAAUGGAACCAGACAUUUUUCCCAGUAAUUUUGGGCCAUUCAUCAUGAAAUUUUGACAAAAUGUAAAGAAAAACAGGUACUUUGAAAUUGUCAAAAACUGAAAGACGGAGGAAAAAAAAAACUGAAAAAUGGACAAAAAUGGUGAUGAGGUUUUGUUCCAACAGCAGCAAUUUGUAAGCUAAAUGAAACAUUGCAGAAGAUUGCUGAUCUUGCUAACUAGUGGAAUAAAUGAAUGUGUUAAAUUCAACUUGCUUCAUAUAACUAAGAUGGAUGGAUGUUUCACAGUGUAAAGCCAGGGUCAAGAUCCAUACUAUUCCCAAGAACCCUCCUACCAUACGUUUAGUACUGGAAUAGAGCAGAACUAAUAUUGAGCUGGAUCCAAAGAGCAGCAGGUUCUUUGUAUAGUUCUUUAACAUGAAGACCAAAGGGGAGCUGUCACCAUAAACCUGCUGUAAGAUUGUAACUAAUGACCUUCUAACUAACCAGUCCCUGUUAUAAUGACUCUAAACGCUAACUGCUUUAGUGCUGCUUUCUGAAUUAUUCUGCAACAGUGGACAGUAAACAUGGUCCCAAACUGCUGACUUGCUAGAUCAAUAAAAGAUCAUGUUAGAAACUAUGACUAAGCAAUUGACUUCUCUUGGACUAACCCUUCAUUUGACACUGUGACACUGUAUAUAAGACAUUGAAGUUUACUGUACUCAUUUUGAAAAUCUCACUGACAUUUUAACACUGCUGCUCCAAACCAAGGCCUUUCAUCCACGAGCAGUUUGCUAGCCUAACUCACUAAGUAGCGAGUUGGCUGAAUACCUGAGAAGCCACAGGUGCAGGUUACAGUCUGAGGCGGAUGUUUCCUUGCAUCUUGUUUCAAUAUGCAGAUUAGAAAUUGUGCUGUUCAGUUUUUUUUUGCUUUGUUUUUUGUUUUCUCAAUUUAUUAUUUUUUUUCAUCUUUGAUUGAAUCGUGGUGGAAACAUUGUGUUGACUAUCUUGCGUAAUUAUGCCUUUUUAAUUUGUGAAUCUGUUUGUUCUUCUGUUGUGAUUCAACCUCGAAAAGUAACUGUACAAUAUUGCUGAUAAUCAUUCCUUUGCACAUAGGGUAAUUUUAUUUUUCUUCAUGCAGUUGAUUUUGUGGGAAAUUGUUCUGUCUGGUUUUGUGUUUUCUUUCUUUUUCUUGUUAUUAUAAUGUACAUAUUCCAUUCUGGCAAACUGCCACUAAACAUUUAUAUAAAUCUUAUGAUCUUAGGGAAUAAAUUAUAUUAAUGAGCAGCAGAAUUUUUUGAUAAACUAUAUUUGUUACACUUCUAUUGUGAAUAAAAAAAUCUUUUAAUAUAAA